GUCGUUCUAUAAAGAAGCAAACGGUAUUAUAUCUCAACGAGUCUGUGAUAGAAAAUAAUAUAGAUAGAAAAAAAAAAGCAAAAGCAAUGUCUUCAAACUAAAUGAAUUUAUUACAAAAGUUUUAUCUCUUUAAUGAGACAAAGAUAAAACUGCAAUCCUGGUGAUAUUAUUUCUUCAAAAUAUUGUCGAAUCUUUUGAGCAAAAACCCAAUGAAGAAAAAAUCAGUUGCAAAGCUUUUUUUUUCUCUAGAUACACCAUGAUUGAAUAAAAAGGAUUUGUCAAAAACCAAAUUAAAACCUUUGCUCAACUGAUACUUAAUUUGGUUCUUUUUAAUUUUUAUGUAGAGAGUUUAAUUCUACAAUGAAUAUCAAAACCCAGUGAAUAAGAUUAAUAAUAUACAAAAUCAAAUCAACCCUUAAUCGGAUCGAACUAAUUUUAAAUAGAAAUAAACUAAGUAAAAUAGUUAUUUUCGAAACGUUCGGAGUGCUUUCGUUCAAUACAGAAAAGGAUUGCUAACGCGCAUUCCAUUGAGUUCAAGGUGAUAAGCUACUAACAAAAAAGCAAAAAAAAAAAAGUCAAUGAGUUUUCAAAAGAAAAAAACAAUGUUAAGAUAAUAAUAACACGCAAAACAUCCUCAACAAUCGUUAACUAAAUUUAACUUGCGAAAUAAAUGAACUCUGAUAAAAAAACUUAAGCCAAGUGUGAGGCUAUGCGCUUAGGGGGUGCCCACGGUGGCGGAGACCCCCUAACAAUGAGCGCAGCUGGUAACGACUAUGCUGAAUUAUGUGACUUAGGUCCUUCGCGUUGGAGCUCACGAGGAUACCAUCCCUCACACAGCUCAUCACUGCACGCACCCGGUGUUGGUCACUCAACAUCGAUACUACCACCUAACUUAGGACUGCAUUCGAGCCACCAUCGUUCGAAUAGUUUCGAAGCAGAAGACAUAGGCGGCAUUCCAGUUGCCAAUACUAUACCCCACAACGGUCCUUACGGCAUAAGUGCCGCCAAUCGAAUUGCAAAUAGUACUAGCUCAUUGCGAGGUGGCCGAUCGGGUCUUUACUAUUCGCCACCCGGUACAUCAUACACAAUAGUUGAGCGGCCACAUUCACCACAUUAUUACUACAAUACAGCAGGUGUUCCUUCGAAAGGAGGUUCGUUGCCUGGUCGCGGAUCUUCAUACUUACAAUCUUCAUCCUCCAGCCAUAUACCAGCUUCACUAGGCAUUUCUGGUUCAGGCACUGUUCCAAAUUCCACCCGACAUAACGGCAAGAAGCGUCCAAUUUCUCCAGAACAGGUGUUGCGAAUGUUCGGAGCAACAACCUCAUCUUCAGUUCCUACAAGUUAUCAUUAUAGUAAUGGCACAAGGGAUAGAAGUGGGCGUAGAAGCCCGGCCAGUAGUCCACCAUCAACAACCCAUCAGGUAUAUCGAGAUCGGGACAGGGACCGUAGCAUACAAAAUAUUCAGGAGCUUUCCACAAGAACAGUUACAAUGUCUAGAGACCAGCAAUCAGACAGUAGUCAUGGAUUUGGCAUAUGCGUCAAGGGUGGAAAAGACUCAGGUCUUGGCGUUUACAUCUCUAGAAUAGAAGAAAACUCUGUUGCGGAGAGAGCGGGUCUACGUCCAGGUGAUACAAUCCUAGAGGUGAAUGGAACGCCUUUCACUUCAAUCAGUCACGACGAAGCCCUUAAAAGAUGUGUGCAGAUAUUGAAAUCGUCACGCCAAAUCAGCAUGACAGUCCGAGCACCACCUACACUAAAUUCAACUGCACCAUUACACGGCUUCGGACCACCUUCUCGUGAUCCAACGUAUGCUUCAACAGCUCCUUUGCUGCAGCAGUCACAAUCAUCAUCGAUAGUACAACAGCCACCACCGUUUUCUGGAUCCCUUGGUGGUCCUGGCUCUCCACCAUUUCGACAAACAUGUUCCUGGAUGGAUAGACAAGGACGACCCGCCUCCCCACCAAUGGAAUACGGAGGACGUCGCAGUGAUCGUAGAGAUAGAAUUCGACGGGUGGAACUACUUAUCGAACCAGGACAGUCACUGGGGCUUAUGAUAAGAGGUGGUGUGGAAUAUGGUCUUGGUAUCUUUAUUACCGGAGUCGACAAGGAUAGUGUUGCUGACCGAUCCGGACUUAUGGUCGGAGACGAAAUAUUAGAAGUAAAUGGGCAAUCCUUUCUAGAUGUUACUCACGAUGAAGCUGUUAGCCAACUUAAGUACCAUAAAAGAAUGUCAUUAGUGAUACGUGACGUUGGUAAAGUUCCACACUCAUGUACAUCGAUAGAAUUAGAGCCUUGGGACGCAUACAGUCCAACCGGCACAAGAGCUCGUAGAAAAGGACAGAUAUCUGUAAUGGUGGAGGAAAAAGCACGCUCGCUACUGCCUAGACAUCAGUUUGCAAGUCUGUCGUACUAUAUAAGUGAAUACGGUGCGCGAGCAAUGACCAUAGAUGCCUUUGUUGCCGUCUUAUUAGAAAUGUUAGACACAUAUGAAAAACAUUCGUUAGUUACGGAAAUUCGUGAGCUGGUAUUUCCUGAAGACCGCAUCAGAUAUGAUGAACUCGUAUACAGGAGAGAACGCGAUCCUUACACAGUUGAGAGACAUAGGCGAAAAGGAGAUCCAAUGCGCGAUAUGCCGGUAACUGACGUGGAUUUGGAAAUUAUAGCAGCAACCGGUCGAAGUCCAUCAUCGGACUCGGGUCUCGGAAUGACGGUUUCGGACAUUAAGCAUCGCCCCGCAUAUCCACUGCCAUACCGACCGUUAUCAGCCGGACCCAUUCUACACCGCUCACAUUAUCAUCAUCAUUCAUCACUGCGCCAUUUGGGAGGAUCACAGUUACGACUGACACCCACUAAAUCAAUCGGGACAAACACGCCGACAAAGAACGCUCGAGGACAGGUUAAAAAUAGUUACGACGAGAACAAUGAUAAGGAAUACAACUGUGAUGAGGCCCGUUCAAGAAGAGGCAGUGAAACCCAAUUACCACGCUCGGAAUAUGAGCAAGAUGCGGGUGGCUACUUAGACGGACUUCGUUCGCAUUUGGGUGGUUUAACGCAACGUGUCAAGUCGUGGUAUUGGGGACGGCCUCUUGAGUUGGCAACUAAACUAUCUAGAAGUUUUGAUAUGAAGGAAGAGGGAGGCACCUUACUUGGCGAGAAGGGAGUUCGAAGGCACCAGUCCAUGCAGCGUCUAUCGGCUGAGCAAAAUGGUAGCACCACGACAGACCAACCCCGUGAACACAAUCCCAACGUCGUACCUGAUCAUAGAGGCAACUUACAUAUUACUGUUAAGAAAACUAAACCAAUUUUAGGUAUUGCGAUCGAAGGUGGUGCUAAUACAAAACAUCCAUUACCAAGAAUUAUCAAUAUUCAUGAACAUGGUGCUGCAUUUGAUGCCGGAGGCUUAGAAGUAGGACAACUGAUACUUGAAGUCGAUGGUAACAAAGUUGAGGGUCUGCAUCAUCAAGAAGUGGCCCGUCUCAUUGCUGAGUGCUUUGCAAAUCGUGAAAAGGCUGAUAUUACUUUUUUAGUUGUGGAAGCGAAAAAAUCAAACCUAGAGCCUAAGCCAACAGCCCUAAUAUUUCUAGAAGCUUAACAUUUGCUUGCUUUGCCAGCUAGUGACCCAGCGAUAACGAACGAGCAGUAUCGUGAUCGUACAAAUGGAAUCGACUUGAC